CGGAGCUGCCUGGGGGCCGGCCCGGGAGGCGCGAGCCCCGCGCGGGGAGCGGGCACCAUGGUGCUGUCGGUGCCCGUGAUCGCGCUGGGCGCCACGCUGGGCACGGCCACCAGCAUCCUCGCGCUCUGCGGGGUCACCUGCCUGUGCCGGCACAUGCACCCCAAGAAGGGGCUGCUGCAGCGGGACCCGGACCCCGACCCGGAGAAGGCGAGGGGCGGCGUGCUGCGACCCGCCCAACAGUUCAACGUCCAAAAAUCCGCGGAGCCCGUGCAGCCCCGAGCGCUCCUCAAGUUCCCAGACAUCUACGGCCCCCGGCCGGCCGUGACGGCCCCAGAGGUCAUCAACUACACGGACUACACGCUGAGGCCCACGGAGGAGCCGGCGCCCGCCAGCCCCCAGGCCCCGAGGGACAGCCGCCUCAAGAGGCAGGUCACCGAGGAGCUGUUCAUCCUUCCUCAGAAUGGUGUGGUGGAGGAUGUCUGUGUCAUGGAGACCUGGAACCCUGAGAAGGCUGCCAGCUGGAACCAAGCGCCCAAACUCCAGUACCGCCUGGAUUACGACCGGCAGAAGGCGGAGCUGUUUGUCACUCGCCUGGAAGCCGUGACCAGCGACCACGACGGGGGCUGUGACUGCUACAUCCAGGGCAGCGUGGCCAACAGGACGGGCUCUGUGGAGGCCCAGACGGCCCUGAAGAAGCGGCAGCUGCACACCAUGUGGGAGGAGGGCCUGGUGCUGCCCCUGGCCGAGGAGGAGCUCCCCACCGCGACCCUGACGCUGACCCUGAGGACCUGCGACCGCUUCUCCCGCCACAGCGUGGCCGGGGAGCUCCGCCUGGGCCUGGAUGGGACGUCCGUGCCCCUGGGGGCUGCCCAGUGGGGCGAGCUGAAGACCGCACUGAAGGAGCCGUCUGCAGGAACGGGAGAGGUACUCCUGUCCAUCAGCUACCUCCCGGCCGCCAACCGCCUCCUGGUCGUGCUGAUUAAGGCCAAGAACCUCCACUCCAACCAGGCCAAGGAGCUCCUGGGGAAGGACGUCUCUGUCAAGGUGACCUUAAAGCAUCAGGCUCAGAAGCUGAAGAAGAAGCAGACGAAACGAGCCAAGCACAAGAUCAACCCCGUGUGGAACGAGAUGAUCAUGUUCGAGCUACCGGAUGACCUGCUGCGGGCCUCCAGCGUGGAGCUGGAGGUGCUGGGCCAGAGCGCGGAGGGCCAGAGCUGCACCCUUGGGCACUGCAGCCUCGGCCUGCACGCCUCGGGUUCCGAGCGCAGCCACUGGGAGGAGAUGCUCAAAAACCCCCGCCGACAGAUCGCCAUGUGGCACCAGCUGCACCUGUAGCCAGCCUCCCGGGUCACCCCCCUCCUUGGGUGCAGCCCCGCCCCUCCAGCCCCAGCCGUCCUCUGCGACCUCCUCUUUCUGCCCCAUCCUCAUGCCGACACCCAGAAGACAGACGUGUUUGCAAAGGCCAGGACCCUAUUCCUCUUUCUUCACACUCUCGUUUCCAGAACAUGAGCAGGGCAAGGCAGUGUGCGGAAACGAGACAUCCAGGUCACACUGAGGCACACAGCUUGCUCAUCUGUGUUACUGAAGAGACACUUACCAAAUACACAUGAUUCUGUGUUCAGAAUUGCAGGUGGGGUCAGCUCAGAUGUGGAGACAGCUUAAUUCGGGGAAUAAUGGGUGCGAAGAAUGUGGCUUUUUAAAAGUAAGCAUUUCACAAAUGAUGAAGGAAAUAAAAGUAUCCUGGGACGAAAUCUUAGCCAGCAUUAAAUCACGCUUCCAACUCAAGGCAGUCACCCUGCCGUUCUCAAACCUUAGUGUGUGCACGAUCACCAGCAAAUUCCCAGGCCCCCCUGUAGACGUCGCAGAUUGGUAUUCCCAGCCGAGACCCGGGAGCCGGCCUUCUUAGCAAGCCCUGAGUCGUUUUGAUGCAGCGGUUGGGGCACUGUUCGUGGAGAAACCCCCUCCACAAUAUUCCAGACAGGUUUUCACAGCCCUUGUGGGGGCCCCAACACCCUGGGCAGCUGUUCCAACGCCGGACACCUCAACUGUGGGUGUGAAAUUUGGGAGCUGUUGUUUUCCAUUUCAUUAUUUUAAUUCUUGAUAUUUUUGUCUGUGCUUUUCAGAUCCUGCUCUUGGACUGAAUUUUGUGCUUUUUGUUGAAUAACUUUCUUGUUUUGUCUCAGAGUCAGUUUCUAUUAUAUCCGGGAAGACCUUCCCUGACAAGGUACUUGUGGGGAUCGUGUGUUGGGUAUGUGGCACCGGUUGUCACAUCCGCCAGCAACACCAAGUGACCCUCCGAGACAGACCUGUCCCUUUGCAGCAUUCCAGCCACUGCAUGAGGAACUGAGCUGGGGCCACAUAUUAAGUUAGUUUAUUACAUCUGGCCACGUGCGGGCGGAGAAGGAAGACAAUUUUAGCCAGGAAAUGAAGUGUUUUGCCAAUGGGCCUCCUUCCCUCAGUUUUCAGGAUCUAUCACUUAAUCAGCAAAUAACCAGCAGCUAGGUUUCAAAUAGUUACCUAAUUAUUCCAAAGAGCUGUGCUGAGUGAAUACGAUAUCUUCCCGUGAACCGGGAUUCCUGGGUUCUGUUGUCGGCUGUGUGUACAACAGGACGAGUGUCACGGCGGCUCUAUCUGUGUGAACGAUGUACAGAUGAAACAGUGCUCAAAAGCUGUAGGCGCUCCCUCGCUGAAGACACUCUGAGGCCACCAGCAGAUCAUCUUUACACUUCAUGUUGGCAGCUGACAACAUCUGGAAAGUGCCAGAACCAUCCCAGGCAUUUCCAGAAACGUGGAUUCUGCAUUCGGACUCCUUAGCCCUGACGCCCAGACUCUGCCAACGUCACCGCAGCCCCUGAUCUAAAGGAGAAUUCCUAGACGAGAUGGAUACAGACGGUCCUUCGUUCCUUCCACUGGUCAAGUCCUUCUCAGCCUUUCCCUGAGAAUCUGACGUUUGUCAUCAUUUCCCUUUUCUGUACAGAAGUAGAAAAGCAUUAGACCACUGCUCUGAAGAAACAGGAAAAAUUUCUCAUCCCUCUUUAAUGGGAAAGCCUUUGAGAUCAUUGGAGAUCUUCACCAUUGAUGUUGACUAUCUCCUGCCGAGUUUUUUUUUUUUUUUACAAAAAGCGUUUCUUCCUGAUUUCCUCUAUCAUGUUUUUGAGACCACCCUCACCUUUCUGAUCUCCUUUUUUGGUUGGCAUGGCUCAAAAAGAGCAAAACAUUCUGGAUCUAAGUUGACCAGGAUUCUCUUCUCCGUAGCAUCUGCUCCUCCAUUCUAGAAAAGUCUGAUUCUGGAUUUAAAAGCAGGACACAGGGGUUCUACUUUCUUAUAAAUCUAUGCAUCUGCCUUACGGUCACACCAAAGGACGUUUGAGGCUGGCUGGCCAGGGCCUCUGAUCCCAGAAUGACCACUUCCACCCACGGUCAUCCAUCACGGGGCGUUCAUUUCUGCAUUUCCAAGGUUUAGUUUUCCAGAAUCCAAGGCAAAGGUUGCCCCUGAGAGGGGUCAGAUGCCACCACAGAACGUCUUAGGUAUCAGCCGUCACCUCACUUAGCAGGCAGGCCAGAAACGAGCUGGCUUUUGCAGAGGCUUGUGUCUGUUGUGUUCACACAGUGUGUUCCAACCGCCUAGAUUGAAGCUGGAUCCUGGUCCUCAAUAAAUAUCUAUUGAAUGAAUUAAUGAAGGAAGGAUGGAUAGGGGAGUGGGCAGAAAAAGACGUGGCACAUGGUGAAGACACCAGACAUCUCAACAUUUGCCCUAGAAAUUCAUGACAUUGAACAUUACUGUUCACCUAAUGACCAUUCCCAGCCCUCCACGUCAAUGCAAUUAACAACAGAAGAGAAGAUAAUCACUGUGCUUUUCCACCAACACUCCGUCUUGGUGAAUUUUAAGUUAUCUGGAGAUUUCAGACUGCCACAUUUUAAACUUCAGUGAUCUUCGCAUCAGCUUACCUUGUACCAGAUACGUUUGCAAUUUACUAUCGAAUUCGAGUCAUUCUGUCUGUGUGACGCAUCUGAUCAUUUUUGAAAGGAACACCUGGUACUUUUCCAGGGAGCAUUUUCUAAGAAGGGCGUGAAGCAGAGGUGAACCUAAAGGGAGAGACCAUCUCAGACUGGGCUGCUGCCCACAGGUGACCGGGUUCUUUCACAGACACAGCGAUGGGGAUAGAGAAUUGGGGGCCACCCUCAUUACUCUGUGACUCCACUUCUGGCAACAAAUCAAUAUUUUUGGUUGAAUGCCUGUUGAUCAAGACCUUGCCCGUGUCUGUCCAUUUCAAGUGGAGAUGUGACUCAGUGGGUUGAGUGACAAAUUACCCCAAACAACGCCAUGUAGAGAGAGCAAGGUGGGACAAAUCCUUUGGGAUUUAUGGGAGUCCUGGGCGGCAGGUGGCUGCAGCCGGGGCCAAAUCGAGGGGAGGGCCAUUCAAAGGGAGACCUGGUCCUUGUGAUUAGUUUCUGCUGCCCGUGUUCCCUGUUGUCAAUGCUAAGUGUCUGUCUGUUUUACCAUCAUGAACCGAAGCACAAAAAAGACGCAUGAGACAUUGUUGUCCUAUGUCUGGUGUCACACUUUGGAGCAAAACCCUUUCAGUGGUAAAUAAAUACUUUCAAACUGG